CAUAAAGAAUGACAAACAAAAAGAGAGUGGCUGGCUGCUUGUCAUAGCAGGGAAAUAGUGGAUUUUACCACCCAUGUUCAUCUCCAACAGCAAACACAGCAGUCAGCAGGGGAAACAGGAGCUCUUGCCUUCUCUAGCUGGUAGCACUUACAGUGGAAAGGGUGGAGGGAUGUUUGACAUGCUGUAUGACUGGUUCUGGUGGGACAGAAUCUGGCUGCCUGUGAACCUGACAUGGGCUGAUCUGGAGGACAGGGAGGGCCGGGUCUAUGCCAAAGCCUCGCAUCUCUAUGUCACUGUCCCCUAUGCCUUUGCCUUAUUACUCAUCAGAUACCUGUUUGAAAGAUGGAUAGCAACGCCACUCGCAAUCUCAGCUGGGAUCAAGCAGAGAGUCCAUCUGAAAGCAGUGGACAACCCCAUCCUGGAACUCUACUACGCUACUCAGUGUAGAAAUCCUGCUCAGGUACACAUUGUUGGGCUAUCUAAGAAAAGCAGUUUGUCAGUAAGACAAGUUGAGCGCUGGUUCAGAAGAAGACGCAGUCGGGACCAUCCUGGAGUCCUGAAAAAGUUCAGAGAAGCCAGUUGGAGGUUUCUCUUCUACCUGUUGGCGUUCAUCGGAGGAAUAGUGGCAUUGUACGAUAAAGAAUGGCUUUAUGACACUUCCGAAGUAUGGACAGGUUUUCCAAAGCAGUCCAUGCUGGAGUCUCAGUACUGGUAUUAUAUCUUGGAGAUGAGCUUCUAUGGCUCUCUGCUUUUCAGCAUUGCCUCUGAUGUAAAGAGAAAGGACUUUAAGGAGCAAAUCAUCCACCACUUGGCCACGCUGGUCCUCCUAUCAUUUUCCUGGUGUGUGAACUACAUUCGUAUAGGAACGCUGGUCAUGCUCGUCCAUGAUGCCUCCGAUGUUUUGCUGGAGUCUGCCAAAUUAUUCAACUAUGCCAAAUGGGAGAAAACCUGCAAAACUCUUUUUGUUCUGUUUGCCAUAGUGUUUAUGGUAACACGACUGAUCAUCUUCCCAUUCUGGCUGAUUCACUGUACAUGGAUCUACCCUGUUCGCCACUACCCCGCCUUCUUUGGCUACUACUUCUUCAACGUGAUGCUGGUGGUCCUUCUCUGUUUGCACAUAUUCUGGGCCUACCUCAUUCUCUGCAUGAUCAGAAAAUUUAUGUUUGGCACUCUGACCAGAGAUGAGAGAAGUGACAAUGAAGAGGAAGAGGAGGAAGAAAGCAGCCUGACAGAGGACGAAGCUGAGGAGCAGCACAAACUUGGCAAUGGAUCGGCAGUGGAUGAGAAGGACAAGAACGGCUGUUUUGGAUGCUUGUCUCCACCAGAGAACAUCUGCCGGUCAAAGACUGUGUACUGAUUCAGCCUUAGGAUAAUCAUUAGAGUCAAAGAUGUAAGAAAUAUAACAAUGGUUAAAAUAUUUUCAUCCAAUAGGAACCAAAAAUAUAAGAGAAACGUGAUUUAUUCCUCCAGAUGCUGUAACACGACCUAGCCUUGCUGUUCUCACAGUGCUUUGAACUGCACAGGCAGAGAGCAAGAGGCUCUGUUCCUCCCCACAGUGUUGUCACAGGUCAAAAGAGAGCAGCACGCAAGCAAACCCCACUGUGUGCUUAUUGUCCUAUAUAAUUUGUUCUGUAUUGUUUGUGAAGAGCAAAGCUGGUGCGCUGUGGAACAUGAAUUGCUUAUUUAAGGCCACAGGGGGGAUGAUUGGGAUCUAGUAUUCAUAGAUGUCUCCAGAUAAUUGUGGGCUUGGUGGGGUGUGGUUAGAUGGGUGGGAGUGCUAUUUACAGCAACAAAUGAAAUCAUAUGAGAUACGAGCGCACAGAACAGUAGCGUAAAAGCAUUCUUGCGAGUGGGAAUUUCUGCUCCACAUGCACAGGGCUGUGACGAGCACUUGCUCGACCCUCCCUACACACUAGUAGCUGCUCAAUACUCGCACACUUGUAAAGUUGACUUUUGAGACUUUGGAGACAGUGAUGGAAUAGACAGCAAGGCUUCUGGAUUCAUUACAGAAGUGACUAAAGUGUGUGAAACUGUGGCAAAAUAUAGCUGGUGUCAAGAAAUGAAACAGCCGCCUCACUAACGGUUAAAGCCGUAGAAUGGAAAACUGUAUUUUCCUUGGCAUGAAUAAGAGUUAAGUACGUGGAACUGACAUACCGUGAGCCUCAAUCACCAUUGUUUUUUCCUUGAUAUGUAAAUCCUGCGCAUAUAAAGGAUUCUGGAAAAACAGGAGUAUGCCAAUAAUCACUAGAUGUGAUUUCUGGGAUCAUUUAAAGAUUCAGUGUGUAGGUUUUAGUGGCAUCUAGUGAUGAGGGUUGCGAAGGAAAAAUCUAUGGUGGCUGACACGCUCUGUCGAUUUUUGUGCUAAAUAAUACGUGUGGUCCUCUAUUUGUCCAAACUUCUCUUCUUUUCUUACUGCUUGAAACAUGGCGGCAUAACAUGGCGAGGUCCAUGUAAGAGGACCCACGGUGUACAGUAUGUAGCUAGAAAUGGUUCAUUCUAGGAUAAUAAAACAUUAUGUUAGGUUCAUUAUGUAAGGUCUAUGUAAAGUCAAAAUUGACAUAUACCAACCCACGUUCCAGAGAAGUGGUCAUUCCAUCACUGAGCUAGAACUGGUGGUUGCUCAGUACGUCUCGCAGAAAGUGCUUUUACGGUUAUGAAGGAAAGGUAAAUAUUUUCUCGUUUUCCCUCUUAAGUUCGCUGACUGCUCUGUCUCAGCUCUGUGAUUUAAGAAGUUUCCUAAUUAACAGAUAGCUUUACUUGUUGCUAACACUACAGUAACCGCUAGCUGUUGCUAAUUGUAGCUGCUGCUAAUGGUAGCUGCUGCUAACAGGAGCUGCUGUUAUCAGCUGGCUCUGAACUAGCGGUUCAAAGCAUCUGUACUAAUGUUAGAGGCCUAAACGCCACACAUACCAGAGCACCAAGCUUCCAAUCCAGCCAGAAUCAGCAAUAGGACCGCUAGCUGCAUGACAAACUGAUGAGCUAGCAGCAGCUGAUGAUAGUAAUAGUUAGCAGCUAAAGUAACUGGUAACAUACAAACUCCGUAAAUCACCAAAAGUGGAGGCAGAGCAGAGUGCAUCAGAGGGAAAACCUUAACUCAGCACUAUGCAGCCAAGUCCCACCCCUCUGCUGUGUUCUAGGAAGUUGGCCUUUAGGGAUGGGGCCUCAACAGAGUGUUCCGACACAAGGUGAAAAGAGGUAAUGAAGCAGUAAAGAGUAUGAGAAAAAUAAUGUGUUCUUUAAACAUUAAAGCAUGUAAACAAUUUCUAGGUAAAACCCU